AUGCUAACCACAACAUCAACAGGCCUCACUGUCGCUGAAUAUUUUAGGGACGAAGAAGGCCAGGACGUGCUCCUGUUCAUUGACAACAUCUUUCGCUUCACGCAGGCCGGUUCCGAGGUGUCCGCUCUUCUUGGUCGUAUCCCCUCUGCCGUCGGUUACCAGCCCACCCUCGCCAUUGACAUGGGUGUCAUGCAGGAGCGUAUUACCACCACCACCAAGGGUUCCAUCACCUCCGUCCAGGCCGUCUACGUGCCCGCUGACGAUUUGACUGACCCUGCCCCCGCCACCACCUUCGCCCAUUUGGACGCCACCACUGUCUUGUCCCGUGGUAUCUCCGAGUUGGGUAUCUACCCCGCCGUCGACCCUCUUGACUCCAAGUCCCGUAUGUUGGACCCCCGUGUCAUUGGUCAGGACCACUACGACACCGCCACCCGCGUUCAGCAGAUUCUCCAGGAGUACAAGUCGCUCCAGGAUAUCAUUGCCAUUCUCGGUAUGGACGAGUUGUCGGAAGCUGACAAGCUCACCGUCGAGCGUGCCCGUAAGAUCCAGCGUUUCUUGAGCCAGCCUUUCGCUGUCGCCCAGGUCUUCACUGGUAUUGAGGGCAAGCUUGUCGACCUCAAGGACACCAUCCGAUCAUUCAAGGCUAUCUUGACUGGUGAGGGUGACGACCUUCCCGAGGGUGCUUUCUACAUGGUUGGUGACUUCGAGUCAGCACGCGCCAAGGGAGAGAAGAUUCUUGCUGAGCUCGAGAAGUCAUAG